UGUUCUUUUACUCUUUCACCUAAGAUUCUGUAGACAAGUAGCAAAGAACUCCUGGAAGUUUUCUUGGGAGAAUCCCGGCGGCCGCGCACUCUGCCAGCUCCAACCCGAGCACCAUUCACAAUGGAGACAUCUCCUCUUGAGCUGCCAGCUGACAGAGUACAGCGCAUUGCGGCUGAGCUCCAGUGCCACCCAGGGGAUGAGCAAGUUGCCCUCCGCCUGGAUAAGGAGGACGAGCUAAGGCAUUUCAGGGAGCAUUUUUAUAUUCCCAAAAUGAAGGAUCUGCCUCCAAUUGAUUUAUCUUUAGUGAAUAAGGAUGAUGAUGCCAUCUACUUCUUGGGACAUUCUCUUGGCCUUCAACCAAAAAUGGUUAAAACAUAUCUUGAAGAAGAAUUAGACAAGUGGGCCAAAAUGGGAGGCUAUGGUCACGAUGUAGGAAAACGUCCUUGGAUUAUAGGAGAUGAGAGCAUUGUAGGCCUUAUGAAGGACAUUGUAGGAGCCAGUGAGAAAGAAAUAGCCUUAAUGAAUGCUUUGACUGUUAACUUACAUCUCCUACUGUUAUCAUUUUUUAAGCCUACACCAAAACGGUAUAAAAUUCUUCUAGAAGCCAAAGCCUUCUGUUCUGAUCACUAUGCUAUUGAGUCACAGAUACAACUUCGUGGGCUUGAUGUUGAGAAAAGUAUGAGGAUAAUAAAGCCGAGAGAGGGGGAAGAGAUCUUAAGACUGGAGGAUAUUCUUGACAUAAUUGAGAAAGAAGGAGAUUCGAUCGCAGUGAUCCUAUUCAGCGGGGUACACUUUUACACUGGACAGCUCUUCAACAUUCCUGCCAUUACAAAGGCUGGACAAGCAAAGGGUUGUUUUGUUGGCUUUGAUCUAGCACAUGCAGUUGGAAAUGUUGAACUUCACUUACAUGACUGGGGAGUUGACUUUGCCUGUUGGUGUUCCUACAAGUACUUAAAUUCAGGAGCAGGAGGUAUUGCUGGUGCCUUUAUACACGAAAAACAUGCCAAUACAGUUAAACCCGCGUUAGUUGGAUGGUUUGGUCAUGAACUCAGCACUAGAUUUCAAAUGGAUAAUAAGCUACAGUUAAUCCCUGGGGUCAACGGAUUCCGAAUUUCCAACCCUCCAAUUUUGCUGGUCUGUUCCUUGCACGCUAGCCUGGAGAUCUUUGAACAAGCAAGUAUAAAAGCACUGAGGAGAAAAUCCAUUUUGCUAACUGGUUAUCUGGAACACCUGAUCAAGCUGUACUGUCACAGAAGAGAAGCAGAAAGGAGGGGGCCAACUGUGACCAUCAUCACGCCAUCCCGCAUUGAGGAGAGGGGCUGCCAGCUAACACUGGCAUUUUCUAGACCCAAAAAAGAUGUUUUUGAAGAACUAGAAAAAAGAGGAGUGGUUUGUGACAAGAGAGAACCCCAUGGCAUUCGAGUGGCUCCAGUUCCCCUCUACAAUUCUUUUCAUGAUGUUCAUAAGUUUGUCAAUCUGCUCACUUCUGUACUUGAUACUGCAUAAAUAAAAGAUUAUCAAAGUUUUACUAUAAUAGCAUAACCAACUUUGCAGAAAUCGAAAGUAACAAUUUUACUAUUCACAUCUUAAUUAUUGAACAAUAUUUCAAAAUUUGUUGAAUGUGACUGGUAAAUCAUAUGUGUUAUAGAAAAAUCUGAUUUUCUAGCAUCUCUGAAAGGUGAUGUGUAUUUAAAUUUUCAAUAAUUAGUUUCUUAUAACUACCAUUAGGCCUUCUUUUUCAUUACUAUUUUUCACAAUGAAAAAGUAACAUCUUAUAUUUAAUUUAAAUAUAGUAUGUGUAGGAAAAAAUGUUAAAUUUUCUAAACUGGUACUUAUUCCUCUAAUUUAUCUACUUAAGAAAGGUUGCUUUAAACUAAAUUGGUAUCGCUAUCCA